GGGAGAACCAAAUCACUCGUACUGUAAUUUCCAUCGGGAUUGAAGAGCAGCAGCGAGAGCGUGCAAUCGAUCGUUUCGUCACAGGUCUCGAUCUCGCUCGUGAGAACGCGCGGCGGUAAUAUCGGCGUUGGAUCGGAAUUGAAUAGAAAAGCAGUCGUAGUAGAAAUUUUUUUGGAGUACGAGAGGUCACGAUACCCGUCGCCUGAACCUCCCGCCGUUGCAUUUUAUACGAAAUCAUGCCUGCGUCGAUGCAGAUCGGGGUCCAGCACGUGCCUUGCUCGUGGUCGCACCCUGUUCCGAGCGAAUCACUCCGCCGACCCAGCGGCAAUCCCAACUCUGCAAGCAAGCGCUCUGUUGCGUCUCCACAUUGCUCAGUCGCCCCGUCCCAGGUUAGCUCAACUGCUUACGAUUCGAUUCUGUCCUGUACUCUUUGUGGAUUAUGGUGUUCGUUCUUUCCUGCGCCCUAUGAUUUAUGUCUCCAGCCGAACCGUGGACUGUUUUGGAAAGUUCCGAGCUGCUGGUGGAUACGCUCAGAUGUCCUUGGGCAGGCAGGCUAGAUCUCCUUGCUCUGACUCUCUCGGGAGCUCAGAGUGCUGCGACAUUGCUACGUCAGGGGCAGUUGUGAGAUCGUACACAGGAAGUUGAUUUGCAGAGUAGAGCAGAGUCGAUGUGGGCAGUCGAGCUUAUGACUCGACUGUUGAAGUGGUGGUGGAAGGGGAGAGUUGAAGCGGUUUUGAAGCUUUCAAUUGACUCGGUCUGAACUCCACUCGCCUAUUCUGAACGUCAUCCGAAAUCUGUCAGCCAUGGAACGAGGGGGCAGUGCAAGAAGGACAUGAUACGAUUUGCUGCCCUGCCAGAUUGCCGACAGUUCUCGUCAGAAACUCCAUGAAUUCGUUCCCCUGCCCUCCAGGAACCAUGCAGAAUGUCAACUGAACCCCAACAACGUACGGUGGUGGCCGUAGUAGACCAGUGCAGGCAGGACUCGGGAGUAGUAGCAAGCCCCACGUGCCUGCCUGCUGCUCUGCUCGCUCCUGCUGUUGGGUUUUUCUAUAACAGUGCUGCACCAUUCAAUAGGAAAAUUCUGCCUUCUCACGUGGCCAGUGCCUCCUCCUCCUGCGUCUCGCGAACAGUGCAAUACUCAACUGUAUGGAGGUCGAGGUUUUAAGUUCUGUACGAUAACGUACGUCCUCAUGUGCGCUCAUGUUUGUCUGUCUCCUGCUCGUGGUGCAGGGCGAGGACGACUGCUGCUCGAGUCUGUCAGCCGUUCAUUAUGAGACACGCAACCAAACGCAGUGGCUGAAUGGGUUUUACAUGGAUCUGCGCAUGCGAUCGAACCCGUAAGAUCCUCUUCCUGCCUAGCUGCUGCUGAUGGAGAAUUGUGAUCGAGCUGCAAAUGUGUUUUAAUUUGAGUUUAUGGACCGAGAGAGUGAACUCGGUCCCGUCCCGUCGAUCCCUGACAUCGCGUCUAUUCUGCAGUUUGUUCAACUCUGAGGCUUCCCAUGCCCUUCAUCAGCAUUUUCACCACGACGAGAAAACAGAUGCAGCGCUCACCUCCAGCUCUGUAUUCGACGAUUCACUGUCCCGGCACAACUCUUUGCACCGAGCUCAGGUACGGGCUUUACGUAAUGGAUCCGACGAAUUUCUGGUCCGAAUGAGAGGUGACGAAACUGUUUUCUUCUUUAGAGAGUGGACUGAGCAGUACUGGAAGCCAACUGACUGAAUUGAUAUCACAAGCCAAGGACCACUUAGGGGACGUGUGUUUUCCUCUCGUCUGUCUGGUCUCAACCUCUCGAACGCCUCACAGGUUCUCAUUCUGAGCACAGACGAGUGUGCAACUCCGUACGAGGAGAAUCUGAAGAACUUGAAGGACAGCCUACUCUUCCGAGUACUACUAACUCGACCACCCGUCGUUUAAUGUGGAUGUGUGCAGGCCGAGUCGUAUGGCAUUUCAGGCUUGGUGGUGUUCGACAAAAGCAUGUUCGGGCAGCUGGACGGAUCCUCAUUCACAGAGCGCUUCGGUCACCUGGUGACGGGAUUCAACAGCGGAUCCUCUUGUUUCAUGGACGAGCCUUUCUGCUAGACUCGGUUGCUCCCCCAGAGAGGACGAGCAGAAGAUGUAGGAAUGAUGUACAGAUGUAGAAACUUGUCACCGCACCUCAUUUCGGACCCAAAGGCCGUUGUAACGUAGUACAGUAGCAGUAGUAAUGGAAUGUGCAAAGUAGCACAUCACUCCCAGCCAUGGUGGCGCUGAAGGCCUGUGAAUAUGGAUGGAGUCCUACUUGAGGGAGGGCCGAUAGAUCGAUCGGAUGAAGCUAAGGCCCCGAAGUUUGGGGCUCGGUAUGUAACAUACGAAAGGAGACCAUAAAUGCAUGCAGUGUUUGCAAGAUCUGUCUUUUGGAUCU